UAUAAGAAACCAACAAAGGGGGAAAAACGAUUAGGGUUACGAUCGGAGAGAGAGAGAUAGAGAGAGGGAGAGGGAGAGGGAGAUGAAGACAUCGAAAUCGAAUCCAUCAAUGGAGAAGCGCGUGAACAAGAUACUGAGACACGUGCAGAAAUUGCAAGAGGAGAAAGCGGCGGAUCAAAAGCUACGAAUAAAAAAAAUAGUGCGACAGAUGAACAGGUUGCAGGAGGAAACAGAGGAGAUGGAGGAAAUGGAAUCGAUAAAGAAAUCGGAAGAGGAAAAGAAUGCGAAAUUCAUGAAGGAAGCAUUAGAGGAGCUGGAAUUGGAGAAGAAGAAGAUACAGAAAGCUAAAGAGAAGUAUGCUCUGGCGAGGAAGCUCAGGCCCGAUCUCUAUCGUCUAUGUGGAACUCUAAACGUCAUGUAUCGCCGAGAUUCUCACGAUUCUUACUCUCCAGAACAUGUGCAAAAGGCCAAAGAUUAUGCCCAAGCAGCAAUUGAUGUGUUCAACCAAAGACAGGGCGUCGAAUACAGUGUGGUGGAAGUAAUCGAAGCACUUUCAGUUGCAGUCAAUGGAUUUAUAGUGUCUUUGACGUUUACCGCCAAGCCCAAUGAUGCUGAUUAUGAUUAUGAAGAGGAUGCCGAAAGUUUCAGCGCAAGUCUUCACUAUUCAUAUAAAGGUCUUGACGUAACGCAUGUUGAUUUUACUAUUUAGCUGCUACAGGCGAUUCCAGAUUCAGAGAAGCUAAAUAUAUAUAUCUAUAUAUAUGGAAUAUUAAGUAAUCGGCCGGUUGUGAACUUUAUUUUUAGGCAUCUAGAGUCUAUUUUUAUCUGUGAAAAAACUGAUUGUGUUUAGAGGUCAAUGCUAACAAUGCUAAGUUUACAUUUUGCUUGCUACUGCCAAAUUUAUUCCCGUUCAGAUUCUUGUUUAGCUUUGCUGUUUGCGAA